UUCUGGUGUAAAAUUAAAAUCCAAACACCUCCCAAGGAAAAAUGAAGCUCCUUUGCGUCUUCUUGCCUGUGUUGGUUCUGCUGAUGGUGACGGUCCGGUGUUCCUCAGCUCGGCAAUUUCGAAAGCAACGGUAUGGACGAUCGACCUGGAGAGACUUUUCUUACGCCCAGGAGUACCUGUCCAAAUACUACGACUCGGAGGAGGAGAGCACGGGCCUGCUGAGAGCCCCCCGCCAGCCGCUGGCGCGCAAGCUGAGGGAGAUGCAGUCGUUCAUGGGGCUCCGAGUGACGGGCCGGCUGGACCGCAGCACCAUGUCGCUGAUCCAGACCCCGCGCUGCGGCGUCCCUGAUGUGGAGAACUACCGGCUCUUUCCUGGGGCGCCCAAGUGGAAAACAAACACCAUCACAUACAGGGUGGCGAAGUACACAUCCUCCCUGACGCGCGCGGAAGUGGAUCACGCCGUCGAUAUGGGGCUCAGCGUCUGGAGCAGCGUCACCCCCCUGCACUUCCAGAAGAUCCACAGCGGCGAGGCAGACAUCAUGAUCUCCUUCGAAGUUGGAGCUCACGGAGACGCGUACCCCUUCGAUGGCCCCCGAGGGACCCUGGCUCACGCCUUCGCGCCCGCCGAGGGACUGGGAGGGGACACGCACUUCGACGACGAGGAGAAAUGGACAAUGGGCACUAACGGAUUCAACCUGUUCACGGUGGCGGCCCACGAGUUUGGCCACGCUCUGGGCCUGGCACACUCCAGUGACCCCUCUGCCCUGAUGUACCCCACCUACAAGUACCAGGACCCCCGGGGGUUCAAGCUGCCCAGCGACGAUGUGAAAGGCAUCCAGUCUCUGUACGGAUCUGCCAAUAAAAAUCAGGAGAAGCAUGAGAAAGAGGACCACCAGAACAGGCAGCAAAUCCCCGUCCCUCCGGUGCCUCAGCCUCCCUACUGGCCAGUCCCCCGACACCCGGACAUGUGCGACAACGACCUGACCUUCGACGCCGCGGCGGUCUUCGGAAACGAGCUGCUGUUCUUCAAGGAUGGCUUCCUCUGGCGGAGACAGUCCCGGCUGAAAGAUGUCCGGCCCGGUUACAUCAGGACCUCUUUUCCACAGCUGCUCACGAGCAUCGACGCUGCCUAUGACGUGCCCGAGAAAGGAUUGGCCUACCUCUUUAAAGGAUCCAAUUACUGGACGUCCCGGGGGUUCCAGAUGGUGGGGGGUCCCAGGUCAAUCACAGACUUCGGCCUGCCCAGCCGCGUGCGACAGGUGGACGCCGCGGUCUACCUGAAAGACAUGAAGCAGACCCUGUUCUUCGUCGGAAACGAGUUCUACAGUUACAACCACGCGAUGCUGCGAAUGGAUGACGGCUAUCCCAGAAAGAUUGAAGAGGAGUUUUCAGGAAUUAGAGGCAAAGUCGAUGCUGCUGUUGCAGUAAAUGGAUUUCUCUACCUGUUCUCUGGGCCCAAUGCCUAUAAAUAUGACAGCGACCGGGAGGAUGUUAUCCGUGUUGUAAAGGCCAAUUCCUGGCUCGGCUGCUGACCGGGAGUGCUCAACGGACAGACAGACAAAGCAGGAAAAAGCAGGAGAUUUAAAGACACAUUUCUAACCCUCUGUGUGAAUAACGUAUAAAGGACCAGCAUAGACAUGUCAUAGACACACUCAUGUCUUUAAAGUAGAACCCUUAACAAUGAACACGGGAAGAAGAAAAUCCUUAAUUUAUUUGUUUUAUUCAUAUUUUUUUUAAUUUUUAGGAAGGUACAGUAAGUGUGUUUUGUGCUAUAAAACAGCCCCCGCUCAGUUCUUGUUCCAUGUCUCUGCAUGAGGAGCUGGCAGCUGGCUUAACUUUGGUGUUAUCAGAUACUGUAGCUGUAGGUCUGUCGAGUUGUUUGUGUCACUCUGUGUUUUAAAGACCUGAACACACGACCACGUCAAUGACACCAACCAGUAAAACCAUCAGCUACAUAUGGAGGUUGGCCCCACAGCCCAGAGGUCGCGGGUUCGAAUCUGGGCUGUGCCGAUGGCCAGCUGUACCCAGGAAUCCUCGCAGCGUGGCACUGGAUUAGUAAAGCUCCGCCUGGAAUGGGUGGGGUGGGCCCGGCCCCCAGCCCCUCAGCCGGGGGGCUUCAGGGAUGCCAGCGGAAGUCUUGGCUCACAGCUGGGCAGAGUGCGGCUAGGAGAUGUGGCAUCCCGAGCGAGUCCUGCACUGGGCAGAGUUGAGAACAGGCGGCUCUGGUAGGAACAGGCACCUUGCAGCAGGUUCUGGAGGAUUGUCUCCAGUGUGGUUCCCCUCUGAGGAGACCGACAGACUUUAUGAUCAGCUCGUACAGCAAUGGGAGGAAGCAGAAUGGUGGAGAAAAAUGACGUCCCUCUACAUCCCCCAGAAGCCAAACUGAGGGUUUGCCUAGUGCCCACCGUUACCCCACCACUGGCUGUUGCUGGUUAUGGGUGUUUUGGGCUGUGGGUCAUCCCCCCACCACUAGGGGGUGCAGUGGGAGAAAGAUCCACCAGCUGGCCUCCUCCUACUGCAAUGCUAAUAUAUGCAAAGUUCACAACAGUGCUAUAUAGUAAAACAGUGAGACAAAAAAAAUGACACUCAAGCAGGGAAAAACAGGGACUAACAUCAGAAGGAAAUCAUAUAGCCUGAAUAUGAAGAGGAAGGAAAUGAGUUGGAUAGACUGACUGGUUCAGAGCCUGGCGGGAGGAGAGCUACAGACACUGCAGUACAGCUGCAGCCUACUCCCCUAGAGCACAGUGCCUGAGACAGGGAGGGCAACAGGGCAGCAGGACAACAGGGCAGUCUUAUACAGAAGGAGGGUCUUUCAGGGCACUUCUGAGAGUUUCCUGCAGAGAAUACGGGAAGAGCCGAAUACUCCCAAGCUAUUUGGUCAUCCUAAUCAUUUUUUAUGUGAGAUUAGGGAGGAGGGAUAGCAAAUGUAUAUGUAUUUUCAAGAAUUCAGUUUUUUGUAUUGCAAGAAUGAAUGCAUAUCAUUUCUCAGUUUUGUACUAUGAAAUGUUUUGUGUUGAAUCUGUGCCGCUGCAUUUGAUGAUUCUUCUGUGUGGGAGUUUCUAAUGGGAAGAGAUAAAACAUUGUGCAAUACUCAUAUCGCCUGCUUCAGCUGGGCCAGUCCAAUCCCCUUUUCUUUCACAUACUGGUAAUAUAGCAUCAUUUAGAAAACACAUUCUCCCUCCAUUUGGCUUUCUUGUGAUUUUAUACUGCACAAGCACAUGUGAUGACCAGGCCUAUGUCAAUGGCACAGCAGAAAGAUUAGUCUGGAAAAUGUGUGGCCACCACAUUUCUGAACAUAAAGACAGGAGGAUAUUCAUGUGUUGUUCCCAGUAGGUCUCCAAUCCCUAGAAGACAUUAAGUAAUUUUAACACAAAAAAGCAUCUGAAAAACUCUAAUGAUCUUUAAAAAUAAUUAUUAUUAUUUUUAAAUGUAUUUAUAUUACUCACAAUCUUUUGUGGCAAUGUGUUAUGCUUUUAGACCCCUAAUUCAGGUAAUUUAAAGUGCCUUUGCGAAAUAUACAGCCCCCUUACUGUGAUGUGCCAUUGUGUACAGAUACAAAAUGAUUCAUGCACAUUUUCUUAAAAUCAGUAUUUUAUUCAAACCAUGAAAGCUCAAACUGAAGACAUCUGUGUGUAAGAUAGGUUACAGUAAAUGCCAGCAGAAAUUACAAAAACCUGAUUUAUCUUGACUGCAUAAGUAUUCAUAUGUAUACUAUUGACAAUUGCCUGGUGUGAUUUCUGCCCUUAUAGUUUUCUUCUUACAGUUUCACCCUACAUGAGGCAAUCGCUCUUUGACAUAGAUCGCAACACUAAACCAGGUGUCACUAAAGUGAAAGAAGUGUCCAAGCCCCAUACACACUUGUUGUAAAUCAGGGUAAAUACAUCUGGAGGCUGGCAUUCUUCUGGAUGCAUCGGCUCACAAGACUACUAGCACACUAAAUGUUCACUCACAGUGGGAUAAAAUAAUCAGAACCUGAAAGGUUUUUCUGUACAGCCAAAACUAAAA